AUGGUAGGAUCAUCUGAGCACAUCUUGUUUGAUGACGAAUCUGCCUCCGUCAUCAUGCUCAACAUGAAACACAACCAAAACAUGAUCCUUGAUCUUGAUUCUUCUCGCUACAACGAAGUUUUCAGGCUGAUCAUCGAAUGUCUCAAGUUCUCGCCUCUAGCUCAGGCAUUAACAAUAACGGAAUAUGUUCCUCUUAUUCAUCAUCACAAGGCUUACUCAUCUGCCAUCUACAACAAAGCAGAUGAUAUCAUUCACUUUGAGUUUGCAUCUCACAAGCCUCAAUCACUAAGCCCCACUUCAACAAACUGUUAG